UUUUGCGCUACUUUUUCUCACGUUCUCACGUUAGACGUUGCGUCUAAAAAAAAAACAAACAAUUCGAAAAACAAACGACGAAAAAGCAAGCAAAAAGCAGCAACAGUUUUCUUGAUUUCUCUGCAUAAAUUUAUCUUUAAAUAUCAAAGAUGAGUAACACAGACAAGCUGGAAGAUGGCACAGCAGAUUUAGCCGAAGAUCGACCAGACACGCCGGAAGAUGAACCGGCUCAGGAAGAUGAUCGCCCCAGACAGGAACAGGACUUGCCGCUGGUCAAGAUGGAGGACGUAAUCACGAUCGAUCCGGAGGCGACUGAUGUGGAUCUGAAUCAUGGUCGUAUCGGUCGGAUAGAGAACCUGGAACCGCUGGUGAAGCUGGAAAGAUUAUAUCUACGAUGGAAUUUGAUUAAGAAAAUUGAAAAUCUCGACCAUUUGACUGUGCUUCAGGAGUUGGAAUUAUACGACAAUCAGAUUACGAAAUUGGAGAAUCUGGACAACUUGGUCAAUUUGGAGAUAUUGGAUGUUAGUUUCAAUCGUAUUCAUAAGAUUGAGAACUUGGAGAGUUUAGUAAAGCUACAUAAACUAUAUCUGUGCGCUAAUAAGAUCUCAAUAAUUGAAAAUGUUGGACAUUUGACCAACCUGACUAUGCUGGAAUUGGGCGAUAAUAAAUUACGGAAAAUCCAACACCUAGACUCGUUGACCAAUUUGACGCAGCUGUACUUGGGCAAAAAUAAAAUCACCAAGAUCGAGAACCUGGACAAGCUUGUCAAUCUGGAGUGCCUCAGCUUGCAGAACAACCGGAUUGUGAAGAUCGAAAAUCUCGACAAGCUGGUUAAUCUGACAGAACUGUACCUGUCCGAGAACGGAAUCGAAAAGAUCGAAAGUCUGGAGAACAACAAACAGCUCGAUACACUAGAUCUGGCCAAGAAUCGCAUAAAGAGCAUUGAAAAUGUUGGUCAUUUGGAGUGUCUGGAGGAAUUUUGGAUGAACGACAAUUCCGUUUCGGACUGGAAUUGCGUAAGUGUACUGGCAGCCAACAAAAAAUUGGCAACCGUGUACUUGGAACGGAAUCCUAUUGCUUCCGACAGUACGUACCGUAAUAAAUUAAAGUUAGCUAUUCCGUGGUUGACAAAAAUCGAUGCCACAUUGUGCCGUUAAGGAUCAUAACAGUGCCAGAAUAACAUUGGGAGCAGGGACCAAAGUGUACAGGACCAUGCCGCUUGGGUUUAUUCGAUGGGAAGUACUGGAUGUUAGUAAUAAUUCUUAACACCUAAUCAUUGCCACAGUUGUAACUUCAUGAACACAUUUAAUAAAAUUUCGUAAUGUUUCCAUUGUAA